UGUGGAAGCCUCGGGUAUCAGAGGACCAUCACUACUUGUGUUGACUGUCAGAUUAGUAAACGGGCUGGAGGGAGAUGGCGAAAGUGGAGCUGACGCCGCUCAGAUCGUGGGACGACUUCUUCCCCGGUUCGGACAGAUUCGCGAAGCCAGACGUAAAAGAUUCGGCGAAAUGGACCAACAGAGUCGUCAGCAACCUGCUUUAUUAUCAGACGAAUUAUCUGGCUAUGGCCGUCGCUGUUUUCCUCAUUGUCGGGUUCCUGAACCCUCUGGGGAUGUUCACAGCCAUGGCUGUGGUGUCGGGCGUAUUCCUGUGUUCAGUGUGGGCCGGAGAAAACAGAACUGCGAUCAGCAGCUUUAAGAGGCAGAAUCCCACAGCCUUUGUAAUCAUCGUCAUGGUUGCCAGCUACAUAUUGAUUUCUAUGCUGGGGAGUGUCAUGGUAUUCAUGUCAGCAAUCACUUUACCUCUGGCAUUGAUAUUUGCACACGCUUCAUUUCGCCUCCGCAACAUGAAAAACAAACUGGAGAACAAGAUGGAGUGUGCAGGACUAAAGAGGUCACCGAUGGGCAUUUUGCUGGAAGCUCUGGAUCAACAGGAGGAGAACUUACAGAAGAUCCAGAGCUUCCUGGAGGGAAAACGGAAGGAGUGACUUGACUUUUAAAGAAGCACAUGUCCAUGUUUUGGCCAAAGAUCAUGACUUUUUUUCUUAGAUGAAACAGAGUUGUCUAUCUCUCAAUGUAAACCUGUUACAGAUUCACAUACAGAGUGUGGUUUGAAAACUAAGAUUGUAAUGUAAAGGGCUUUAUCUUUACCUCAGGGUAUGUUACUCCACCCACAACUUGUUAGGGCACUUUUCUCCAGCAGUGCUGAGAGCAUCUCCUCUAUGCAUCGUGUGAGUGUCCCAGUGCAACACAGCUGCAGACUUAAUGCUACGUAUGAAAUCUGUGUUUAAUCAGUCUCAGAAACAGUCGUCAGUUCUGCCAGUUUGCGCUCAACAAAUAUUGUGAAAGCAGUGCAAGUGCUGCAUUUUACCAAAGAGUCAAAAGUGCACACUCGUCACAUAUUACUGCCAAGAAACUCCAAAGACUGGAUUGUUUCAAGUUUUUGAAUGAUCUCCUCACAUCAAAUGUAACAGUUUACUUCAGUCCAUAUUUGAAUAGAAACCAGCCAGCCUUAUGCUCAUGCAAAUAAAAAGAACCAGACAAAAGAGAAAGCGCUGCUUUGUCUCGAGUCAAAUCGCUCUGUCAAUAUUUAAAACGGAGACUUCAAAGGCAACCUAUGCCUGUCGGUAUUCCUUGUGAACCUCUGAGUGUUUAAUCUUGACAAUCCCCCCUGGGUGACGGAUUGGCUAACUUUCCUCUCCGCUCACCCCAAAUGCUAAUCAGUGGGCUUGCAGUAGAUUAUAGUGCGGAGAGCUGAGAGCAGCGCAUUGACUGAGUGGAUUCAUCUGCAGUCAUUCACCUCCAAGCCCAAGUUAGCCGCUGUGUCAGCUUAUUUUUUUUUUUUUAUUGGAUUCCAUUUGAAAUUGACUGCAGAUAACGAGGAUCCAUCUGGAACACAAUGCUCUGUUAUUUGGUUUCAAGUGGCAGUGUGUAAUGGGAGGGAGGAACAUGAAGAUAAUAAAGACUGCUAGUUUUUCAAAGUGUCUCUGUUAACCCCUUGUUUUCAAAAUGAUUAAACUCUGUUCUGUAACA